UUGGAAGUUAAAGGCCCGAGGGAGUUCGGCUGCUUCCGUCACCCCUUCCGGUUUUACCCGAAGUCGCCAUUGCCGUGUGACGUAGAGUCGCUGCUCUAGUCCAGAAGGCCAAGUAGCGACGAGGUGGCGUCAUGCUGCGAUUGCCGGCCGUUACCCGCGCGCUGUCCGGUGUCGCCCCCUCCAAGGGGUUUGCGGCGGCCACCAGCAAUGUCCGCACAGCUGCUACCGCAGCCAGUAACCUGGUGGAGGUGUUCGUGGAUGGAAAACCUGUUAUGGUAGAGCCAGGAACCACAGUGCUGCAGGCCUGUGAGAAGGUCGGGGUGCAGAUACCGCGAUUCUGCUACCAUGAGCGUCUCUCCGUGGCCGGGAACUGCCGCAUGUGUCUGGUGGAGAUCGAAAAAGCCCCAAAGCCCGUGGCUUCCUGCGCCAUGCCUGUCAUGAAGGGCUGGAACAUUCUUACCAACUCAGAGAAAACCAAGAAAGCAAGGGAGGGUGUGAUGGAAUUUCUGUUGGCCAAUCACCCUCUGGACUGCCCCAUUUGUGACCAGGGAGGAGAGUGCGACCUUCAGGAUCAGUCCAUGAUGUUCGGUAGCGACCGGAGCCGAUUCACAGAGGGGAAGAGGGCCGUGGAGGACAAAAACAUCGGGCCCCUCAUUAAGACCAUCAUGACCCGCUGUAUCCAGUGCACACGCUGCAUUCGGUUCGCCAGUGAAGUUGCAGGUGUGGAUGAUUUGGGCACCACAGGACGGGGCAACGAGAUGCAAGUGGGCACUUACGUGGAAAAGAUGUUCAUGUCCGAGAUGUCGGGGAACGUGAUCGACAUCUGUCCUGUCGGGGCCCUGACUUCCAAACCCUAUGCGUUCACCUCCCGGCCCUGGGAGACCAGGAAGACUGAAUCGAUCGAUGUCCUGGAUGCGGUGGGGAGUAAUAUUGUAGUGAGCACAAGGGGGGGAGAGGUAAUGAGGAUCCUGCCACGCCUCAACGAGGACGUCAACGAGGAGUGGAUCUCGGAUAAAACGCGCUUCGCGUAUGAUGGGCUGAAGCGUCAGCGGCUCACUCAGCCCAUGGUGAAGGAUGCCUCAGGGCAGCUGGUGUCCACUGGCUGGGAGGACGUCUUGACGCGAGUUGCUGGCGUGCUCCAGGGGGUGCAGGGGAAGGACGUGGCAGCCAUUGCUGGCGGCCUGGUUGAUGCGGAGGCGCUGGUUGCCUUGAAGGACCUGCUGAACCGGCUGAAUAGUGACAGCCUGUGUACUGAGGAGCUUUUCCCUAUGGCUGGGGCUGGGUCUGACCUGCGAUCAAACUACUUGCUGAACACUGGCAUCGGCGGCAUGGAAGAGGCGGACCUGCUGCUUUUGGUUGGCACCAACCCUCGUUAUGAGGCUCCUCUGUUCAAUGCUCGUGUUAGAAAGAGCUGGCUUCAUAAUGAUCUGCAGGUGGCCCUGGUGGGACAUCAAGUGGAUCUCAGCUACACCUAUGAACACCUUGGGGAUUCUGCUCAGGUGUUGCAGGAGAUUGCUGCUGGGACACACCCCUUCUGCCAGAUCCUGGCAAAGGCAAAGCACCCCGUAGUGGUAGUAGGCAGCGCGUGCCUACAAAGAGGUGAUGGCACUGCGCUCCAUGCUUUGGUGUCCACCAUUGCCCAGAAUGCCCGUGCCAGCAGCGGUGUGCAGGACAGCUGGAAGGUUCUCAAUGUCCUUCACAGGGUGGCCAGUCAGGUUGCUGCACUGGACCUGGGCUACAAGCCUGGUGUGGAAGCCAUCAGGAAAAAUCCGCCCAAGGUGCUGUUUUUGCUUGGAGCAGAAGCCGGCUGUAUCACUCGACAGGAUCUGCCAAAAAACAGCUUCAUCAUCUACCAGGGCCAUCACGGAGACAUGGGGGCGCCCAUGGCUGACAUCAUCCUGCCUGGAGCGGCAUACACGGAGAAAUGUGCCACGUAUGUGAACACUGAGGGGCGGGCCCAGCAGACCAGGGUGGCAGUGACCCCACCGGGCAUGGCCAGGGAGGACUGGAAAAUCAUCAGGGCCAUUUCAGAACUGGUUGGUGUAACGCUCCCCUAUGACACUCUGGACGGGGUGCGUGACAGGCUAGCUGAGGUGUCACCCAACCUGGUGCGCUACGACGACGUGGAGGAAGCCAACUAUUUCAAGCAGGCAAACGAGCUGUCAAAGGCUGUCAACCAGACACUCUUGUCUGAGCCCCUGGUGCCCCCUCAGCUCACAGUGAAGGACUUCUACAUGACAGACCCCAUCAGCAGAGCCUCCCAAACCAUGGCCAAAUGCGUGAAGGCUGCAACCGAGGGCGCACAGGCCGUGGAGGAGCCAUCCAUCUGCUGAAGCGAAGUCCUGUGGUCCAACAGAAACCUGUGGGGGUCCCUCACCGGUUACCCCACUCCCCUUUCGAGCUGUGCACAAGCUUAGCACAGUUCAUGACAUUUACCCUUAAGUUAAACCUGAUUUGUGGUGCAGAUCUACAUUGAGUGACAUUAUCUUCAUGAGUGUAGUGCACUACUGCAUUGAAGAUAUGAGAUGCGUAUUUGUAACAAAGAUUAAAUGGUGUGAAUAAAAAUGUACAAUGCAAGCUA